UACUAUGCUAAAACCAAAGCUUAAAAGAAAAAGUAGAGUAUUUUAUUUGCAAACUGCGGAAGUUGUAAGAUUUGAUCCAAGGACCUGAAACUCGACUGGAAUUUUUUAUUUGACUAUUAUAAUAUCUGUCCACCAAUUAUUAUCAUCGCUAUUUGUCAUCUUUAGAAUCUGUAUUCAACAAAAAAAAUCGAAAUUUGAAACUGAAGAAGCUUUUAAACAAAGUCUCGUGAAGUGGUUUGGAGGAGGAGGUGGGGCUAUCAGAUUUUCAGAUUCAGCUUUGAUUUCAAUCCACUGAAAUACCAGGAUUUUGAGGUUUAAAGUUUAAACUGUAUCUGCAUGCAAGGAAAAGGUCUGGGACCUUGAUGAAGUCAGUUUACUUGUAUAUUCUUGUGCAUUAAAAAAAGAGAAGAUGCUACCAAAUUGGAAGAAGUCCCGCAUUAGAAUGACAGUCCAAUCUUUAGCUAAAAGUGUGUCUUUGUUAAUCGGAACAUCUAGAAGUAAAGAGAGUGGCAAUAGUAUGCAGUAAAAGGGAACCAUGGAGCAUACUUUGGAGAAACGAUAUCCAGUCAAUCCAAAAGAUUACAAGUUAUAUGAAGAAAUUGGAGAAGGUGUCAGUGCCACUGUGUACAGGGCUUUAUGCAUUCCACUUAAUGAGAUUGUUGCUAUCAAGGUUCUUGAUUUGGAAAAGUGCAAUAGUGAUCUGGAUGGCAUCCGAAGAGAGGUACAUACCAUGAGCUUGAUUGAUCACCCAAAUUUACUAUGGGCACUUUGCUCGUUCACCACUGGUCACAGCCUUUGGAUUGUGAUGCCAUACAUGGCUGGGGGAUCCUGCUUGCAUAUAAUGAAAUCCGCUUAUCCAGAAGGUUUUGAAGAGCCUGUUAUUGCUACUUUAUUGCGUGAAGUCCUUAAAGCUCUUGUCUAUCUUCAUGCCCAUGGGCACAUUCACAGAGAUGUGAAGGCUGGGAAUAUCUUAAUUGAUUCUGAUGGUGCUGUCAAGUUGGCAGACUUUGGAGUGUCAGCAAGCAUGUUUGAUGCUGGAGACAGACAGCGUUCCAGAAAUACUUUCGUUGGAACUCCUUGCUGGAUGGCUCCAGAAGUUAUGCAGCAAUUGCAUGGUUAUGACUUCAAAGCUGACAUCUGGUCUUUUGGAAUAACAGCACUUGAACUUGCUCAUGGCCAUGCCCCAUUUUCCAAGUAUCCACCGAUGAAAGUUUUGUUAAUGACCUUGCAAAAUGCUCCUCCUGGUCUAGAUUAUGAAAGGGACAAGAGGUUCUCAAAGUCUUUCAAGGAGAUGGUAGCUGCUUGUUUGGUGAAAGACCCAAAGAAACGUCCGACUUCGGAGAAGCUUUUGAAGCACCAGUUCUUUAAAAAUGCACGCUCUUAUGAUUAUCUAGCUCGAACCAUUCUUGAUGGUUUUGCUUCAUUAGGUGAACGGUUUAGGGUGCUAAAGACAAAAGAAGCUGAUCUUCUUGUAGAGAACAAGGCUCUCUAUGAGGACAAGGAGCAAUUAUCACAGAAAGAGUAUAUAAGAGGAAUUAGUGCCUGGAAUUUCAACCUGGAGGACUUGAAAAGUCAGGCUGCACUUAUUCAUGAUUAUGAUGAUGUGCCAAAUGCAGAAGAUCGAGAUGGCAGCAAUGGUGUUGUUGGAUUAUCACCAGAGAGAAUGUCUUCUGAAAUGGCUAGUAAUUCCAUUGCUUCAAGUAGCCAGGAGGAUGGGCUUAAUGAUCUUCAUGAUCUAAAGAGUUCCCUUGCUUCAUUUCCCAUUAAACCUCUUCAAGCACUCAAAGGCUGUUUUGACAUUGGUGAAGAUGAUGAGGAUGUAAACAGUCCGAAUCGGAAAGGUGUUAACCAAUCAGGAAGUGAGCCAUUUGUUAUAAAGUCAUCAAGAGCUAUGGAUCAAGAUGCUAGUAGAAACGAGGGUGAGAACUCCGGGCAAAGUAGCUCGUUACUUCAUCAAGCCAUUCCAGAGCACAAAAAGUUCUUGAGCGGUCCACUAAUACCUGAUAAUGCCUUCUCUGCUAAAAAGGUUACAGGAAAUGGGGACAGGGACUUUCCACAGCCCAAAUUUCAAUCUGAACACAACUACAGUGGUCCAUUGUUGUAUCGCCAGAGGAGAGAAACAAAUAGUCCUUCGCCAGAGGAUGCAUCAGAGGGAGCAGUUGUUCGGCGGGGGCGCUUUAAAGUGACUUCAGCCGAACUCAGUCCCAAGGGACCUACAAACUGCAUACUUAACCCGGUUACCGGAGGUUCAACCAAUCCAGCAUCUCUAAACCUUUCACCUAGUGCUGUUCUCCCAUCUCUACAAUGCAUUUUGCAACAGAACACCAUACAAAGGGAAGAAAUUGUUAGACUGAUCAAACAUUUGGAGCAAACUUCUGGUAAGCUUGGGGAUUUUACAGAAGUGGGCAUCAAUGACUUUUUGCAGAUAGCGCACUCUUCUUCGAGGGAGAAAGAACUGCAAUUUCGGGUGCUUCAACUGCAACAGAGUAUUGGGAACAUAGUUGAGGAAUUGCAGAGACAGAAAAUGAAGAACGCUCAGUUAGAGAAACAAUUAAAUGCAUUGGCCAACAACAAAGAGUGAAGGUGAAACAAUGGUGAAGAUGUUUGAUGCUUAAAUUGCCAGAUAAUUUCUUCAUCGAUGUUAGGGUUCAUAUUUUUUUUUCUUUAGGUAAAUAGAAGUGUAUUUGUUUGUGUUUUUUUUUCCCUUGGUGUACACCAUAUCCAUGGCAGUCUCGUAAGCUGGAACUCGUGCAAAUUUUGAGAUGCCAUUGCUUGGAUCUCAGUUGACUUUGUUGUAUUUAUUGACACCAUAUUGUAAUAUAAUUACAAUCUUUCUCUC